AUUAUCCUUUAUCUUGAUGAAAACGAAGGCCCACAAAGUCACAUCUUCGUUUUAUCAUGAGAUGAGCUCCAUCUGUCAUCGGUAAAAUCAUCUAAAGCCCGUCAAAACGAUCUCAAAUCUGCAGUGAAGCCUCCUCUAAGCUUCAACAAGAUGCAGCCAGAUAAUAAUAGCGGCCAUGCCAAAGUCACUUUGACACGAGUUCUUGCCGCUUCCUUACUGGGUUUCAUCAGUACUGCUGCCACAACUCUCUACUAUCAGAGAAAAUCAAAGGCUAGAAUAGACCACAUCAUUCCAGGUUUAGUCAGGACAGAAUCUGGCCGUUUGGGAAAUCUUGAAAGAUUCUCCGAUUAUGUUGCUAGGCAGAUGGGAUUUGCAGAUGCAGAUGAGUGUCCACGGCUAUGCAAAUUGGCUUAUGAUUAUCUGAAAAGAUCUGAAGGGUGUGAGAAUAACAUCUAUGAUUUUUUUGCUAAUCUACCUGAGUUUGAAUCUCUGUAUGUGAAGCUGAUGGAGGAAUUUGAAAAAUGCAUCCUCACUUAUUUCGCAUUUCAUUGGAGCAGAGCAUCUCUGUUUAUCAGUCAGGUUAUAGAUGUCGAAUCCGUGAAGAAACCAAAGCUCAAAGGCAUUGUAAUGGCUGCCACAAGAAAACAAAGAUUUGAGAGGGUGACCAAGAACUUGAAGGUUACAAGGGCAUUUUCUACUAUAGUUGAGGAAUUGAAAGCAAUCGGCCAGGGGGGAUCACAUUGUACGGAGGUCAUGGUGCCGGUGGCACUGAGUGAGAGAAGUCCGGUGCUGCUGCUUAUGGGUGGUGGUAUGGGGGCUGGCAAGAGCACUGUCACCAAAGAUAUUCUCAAAGAACCGUUCUGGUCAGGAGCAAAGGCAAAGGCGGUUGUGGUAGAGGCAGAUGCAUUCAAAGAGUCGGAUGUCAUCUACAGAGCCAUUAGCUCCAUGGGCCAUCACGAUGACAUGCUUCAAACUGCUGAACUGGUGCACCAAUCAUCAACCGAUGCUGCAUCAUCGCUUCUAGUAACUGCACUGAAUGAAGGACGGGAUGUGAUCAUGGAUGGCACCCUUUCAUGGGAGCCUUUUGUGGAGCAAACAAUUGCCAUGGCUCGUAAUGUGCACGCGUGUCGUUACCGAAUGGGACCAGGUUACCAGGUUGCUGAGGAUGGGACCGUUGAUGAAAAUUACUGGGAAAAGGUAGAGCAAGAGGAAGAAGACCAGCGAUUAAACAACGAGAAUGGAGAAUUGACUGGCAGGAAACCAUACAGAAUAGAGCUGGUUGGAGUUGUCUGUGACCCCUACCUAGCUGUUGUUAGGGGCAUCAGGAGAGCCAUAACGACAAGAAGGGCAGUGAGGGUGAAUUCCCAGUUAAAGUCUCACAAGAGAUUCGCCGGCGCAUUUGAAAGAUACUGCCAACUUGUUGAUAAUGCCAGGCUUUAUUGCACCAAUUCAGUGGGAGCACCGCCUAGUCUGAUAGCAUGGAAAGAUGGGGACAACAAGCUCCUGAUUGAUCCAGAGGGGUACAAAUGCUUGACAAAUGUAAGCAAUUUGAGGGCUGAAGCAGACUCCAUCUACGAGCUUUACACAGACCCCAGCCCCAUUUUCGAGCCGGGCUCUGUUUGGAAAGACAUCGUCUUGGAUCCUUCCAGGCACACUGUUCAAUCGGAGCUCAGAACCUCUAUUCUAAACAUCGAAAAAUCAUGAUUGUGCUUUCUGCCAAAUGGAUGAUGCUACGCUAUUAACUUUGAAUUAUUUUUAUGAGUUUUAAAAGUUUUUUUUUUUAA